UUAAUUUUAUGUAGGCAUACAGCCAUAGGUACAGUAAACAGUUAAACUAUUAAAUUAUUAUUGUUAUGUAUAUUGAAUAGGCGUUACUUUUCACUUUAAUCAAAAUUAUUUGUAAUAUUUCACCCCUUUGUUACUAGCUAAGUAGCUAGUAGUAUCUUAAGUAAAAUAUGAAUCCGUGUACAAUAGCGACACCUCAAAAGGAUACUGAAGGCGAUGACCGAUGGAUGAGCAUUCAUAAUCGUUUCGUCUGUGAAGCUAGAGGAAAAGACGCUGAUGUAAUUUUUAUCGGCGACUCAAUACUUCAAGCUUUAGAACAUACAGAAAUAUGGAACGAAUGGUUUGCUCCCUUACACUGCCUCAAUUUUAGCAUUCAUAAAGACCAAACACAGAAUGUUCUGUGGCGCAUAACAAAUGGAGAACUAGAACAUGUAGAACCUAAGGUGAUAGUUUUACAUGUGGGCACAAGUAAUGUAGAACAUACAGCAGACGAAGUAUGUGAAGGUAUUUUAAAAAUCAUUCAAAUAAUUCAAGAGAAGCACCCAGAUGUCUCUAUUGUAUUACCGAGCCUUUUACCGCGAGGUCAACAUCCAAAUGUGUUACGAGAAAAAAACUGUAAGGUGAAUCAACUCUUAAAAACACAUGCAAAAAAAUUAAAAAACAUUGAAAUGGUACCUAUAGAUAAAGGGUUUGUACAAAGUGAUGGUACUAUAAGUCAUCAUGAUUUGUACGAUUAUCUUAUACCAACAACUGCAAAAUUUCGAAAAGUUUUUGAGCCUGUUUAUGAUCUUCUCCAACAGUUACUGUUGGAGUUUGGACCAGAAAAAGACUUAACACCUUCUGAGUAAAUAUUUAAUGAUUGUAAUAUUUGUAGUAAGCAGUACUUAAUUUUUUCAUAAAGCUUUAAGUUAAAAAUUAUUUAAAUUAUUACCUGCACAUUCCAGAUUAAGUAUUUAUUGGCUGUGUACUUUUUGCAUUUAAUGUAUAAUCCUAACAUGUAUAACAAACAAAAUUUAAACUUCUUGUUUGGAUCAAAACAAAUAUUUAAUGAAAUAUAAAAUUAAUUUAUAUUUUUCUCUUAUGAAAAGUAAGAUUAAUGUAAUGAAAAUAUGUUAAUGUUAUGCUAUAAUAUGUCUUUUUGAAAUUUUUAUUGUUUGUUUUCAAUUUGGGCAAUAUUUUGCACAGAGUUAUGUAUGUAUGUGUUCUUUUAUACUAUGUUUAUGUGAUAAGUGAGGUUUAGUUAUGGUGUGAUUGAUAAGGCUUUGAUUUGUUAAUGAUCUUUUUAAAUUAUAAUGUACCAAAUAUAGUUGUAAUAACCAAAGAAUUAUGUCUGGUAAAGCUUCCUAGAUGCUGAUAAAACUGUACAAUGGUUACCUAUGUAAUUUUAAUAUUUAUUGCCUUCAAAUCAAGAUAAUGUACAGAAAAUUUUGACAAAGGGGAGUAGGCUCACCUUGCAUAUAACAUACAUGCACUGGUUUUCAGCCAUCCCCAACUCGGUGGGAUACAAAGUAGAGACAUAAAAUCCAACUUAUUUUAAAUACUGUAUUUUUUAGAGGAUAGUGUAUUUUAUUGCAAUAUCCCUAACUCAAUAUAAUUAGACAUUUUCUUGUUCAGUUAAUAUUUUCCUUUUUAUGUAUUGUUUGUUUAACUUUAUAAUGUAUAAUGCAAAAAUCUGAAACUAGAUGCUAUAUAUUGCAUACCAAAAUAUAGAAUUAAGUGACUCUGGUGGCCAAACUUGCUUGAAUCUCAGUAAUUAUUUAUUCGUAAUGUGUAAUGCAUGCUUUUGGAAAUAAAAAUGCAAUUUCUA